CUUAUGAUGGCCGAGAAGAAAUUUCUGUCAUUCUUUCUGGCCAUCAUUGGCGUUGCAGGCAAUGGAAUUGCCUCGUGUAAUGCAUCAAUACUGAUGUCAUCUCCACCCUAUACUUCUAAACCACACAAAAUUACACCGCCAUCGAUGCCUCCAUUUUCUCCUUCACCAGCUCCAUAUGCACCAGGACUGGCCCCUGCUCGUGCACUGCCCUCUGGUGGCAUCAAGGGUGGAUAUUGGCCUUCAUCGAUAGCCGAAAGGUUCCCUUCAUCAACAAUCCCUACUAAAUACUUCACUCACCUCUUUUAUGCUUUGGUUUUGCCCGAUGCCACAAGUUACCAACUCUUUGUCACCCCGCUUGACGAUCAGUGGAUGGGGAAUUUCACUGCCACCCUCCAUGCCCAAAUGACGCCUGCAGUAGCCUUCCUAUCCAUCGGAGGAGGAAAUUCAAACUCUUCAACUUUCUCCAACAUGGCAAGCAGCCACGACACCCGUGCUGCCUUCAUCAAGUCAACCAUCGACGUGGCUAGAAAGUAUGAUUUUGAUGGCCUUGACCUCGAUUGGGAAUUCCCACAAAACCCACAGGACAUGACACGCUUCUCAAUGCUCUUCUACGAGUGGCGCACUGCCACUAACAUGGAAUCGCUCGCUUCUGGUAAGCCGCGACUCCUUUUGUCUGCAGCAGUCUACUUUGCCUCCAACUUCUUCUUAGCGAAGAUUCCACGAACAUACCCUGGCGGUGCCAUUAAAAACUUCCUGGAUUUUGUGAACCCAAUGUGCUAUGAUUACCAUGGUUCUUGGGACACCUCGAUCACCGGUGCUCAAGCGUUGCUAUUUGACAAGUCCAGCAAUGUUAGCACUAGCUAUGGUAUUUCGACAUGGGUUGAAAAUGGCGUGCCGCCGGAGAAACUGGUGAUGGGGCUACCCAUGUAUGGUAGGACAUGGAAAUUGAAGGACCCAAAUCAGAGUGGAAUCGGAGCUCCUGCAAAUGGGACAGGACCUGGCUAUUUAGGGGUCAUGAAGUAUAGUGAUAUUGUGGACUUUAAUCUGGCAAACAAUGCCUCUGUUGUGUUUGAUGAGGAGACCGUGUCGACAUACUCAUAUGCAGGAACCGAUUGGAUUGGGUAUGAUGACAUGGAAUCGAUCAGCAACAAGGUGAACUUCGCUCGAGCGAAUGGCCUCGGUGGAUAUUUCUUCUGGGCAGUUGGAUUUGACAAGAACUGGACCAUCUCUGAAGCAGGUUCGUUGCAUAAUAUAUUUUAAGGUUGGUAACUAGCGUAUUAGAGGACUAACCAUAGCCAUAAGUAACGUUAACUAAUUGUUUUGUUUAUGUGAAAUACC